CGCCCAUGUUCGAUGGCAAAGUCCCGCACUGGUACCACUUCUCCUGCUUCUGGAAGACCGGCCACUCCAUCUGGCAGCCUGAUGUCGAGGUGGAUGGCUUCUCGGAGCUCCGGUGGGACGACCAGCAGAAAGUGAAGAAGACGGCAGAGGCCGGAGGAGUGGCAGGCAAAGGCCACGGCGGAGCAGGCGGUAAGCCGGAGAAGACGCUGGGCGACUUUGCGGCAGAGUACGCCAAGUCCAACAGGAGCACCUGCAAGGGCUGUCUGGAGAGGAUAGACAAGGGCCAGGUGCGCCUGUCCAAGAAGAUGCUGGACCCGGAGAAGCCCCAGCUGGGCAUGAUUGACCGCUGGUACCACCCAGAGUGCUUUGUUGAGCACAGGGAGGAGCUGGGCUUCCGGCCCGAAUACAGUGCGAGCCUGCUCAAGGGCUUCAGCCAGCUGGCUCCCGAGGAUAAGGAAGCCCUGGAGAAGCAGCUCCCGGGAGUCAAGAGCGAAGUAAAGAGGAAAGGUGACGAGGUUGAUGGGCUAGACCAAGUGCCCAAGAAGAAACCUAAGAAAGAGAAAGACAAGCUUGAAAAGGCUCUCAAGGCCCAGAACGACCUGAUCUGGAACACCAAGGAUGAGCUCAAGAAGGCGUGCUCGACCAACGACCUGAAAGAGCUGCUCAUCUUCAACAAGCAGCAAGUGCCCUCCGGGGAGUCGGCGAUCCUGGACCGCGUGGCUGACGGCAUUGUGUUCGGUGCCCUCCUGCCCUGCGAGGAGUGCUCGGGCCAGCUGGUCUUCAAGAGUGACGCCUACUACUGCACGGGGGACAUCACUGCCUGGACCAAGUGUAUGGUCAGGACCCAGACGCCCAGCCGGAAGGAGUGGGUGACUCCAAAGCUAAGGGGCCCUGCCUCCGUGACAGGUCUGGAACGCUCUGGCCACGUCCUGGAGAAAGGCGGGAAGGUCUUCAGCGCCACACUGGGCCUGGUGGACAUUGUUAAAGGAACCAACUCCUAUUACAAGCUGCAGCUCCUGGAAGAUGACAAAGGAAGCAGGUACUGGAUAUUCAGGUCCUGGGGCCGCGUGGGCACCGUGAUUGGCAGUAACAAGCUGGAGCAGAUGCCGUCCAAGGAGGAUGCCGUUGAGCACUUUAUGAAAUUAUAUGAAGAGAAAACCGGGAAUGCCUGGCACUCCGAAAACUUCACCAAGUAUCCCAAAAAGUUCUACCCCCUAGAGAUCGACUAUGGCCAGGAUGAAGAGGCGGUGAAGAAACUGACAGUGAACCCUGGAACCAAGUCCAAGCUCCCCAAGCCGGUGCAGAACCUCAUCAAGAUGAUCUUCGAUGUGGAAAGUAUGAAGAAAGCCAUGGUGGAGUAUGAGAUCGACCUUCAGAAGAUGCCCUUGGGGAAGCUGAGCAAAAGGCAGAUCCAGGCCGCGUACUCGAUCCUCAGUGAGGUCCAGCAGGCCUUGUCCCAGGGCAGCAGCGACUCCCAGAUCCUGGAUCUCUCCAAUCGCUUCUACACCUUGAUCCCCCACGACUUCGGGAUGAAGAAGCCGCCGCUCCUGAGCAACGCAGACAGUGUGCAGGCCAAGGUGGAAAUGCUGGACAACCUGCUGGACAUCGAGGUGGCCUACAGCUUGCUCAGGGGAGGGUCUGAUGACAGCAGCAAGGACCCCAUCGAUGUCAACUAUGAGAAGCUCAAAACCGACAUUAAGGUGGUGGACAAAGAUUCCGAGGAAGCCAAGAUCAUCAGGAAAUAUGUUAAGAACACUCACGCAACCACACACAAUGCCUAUGACCUGAAAGUCCUCGAGAUCUUUAAGAUCGAGCGUGAAGGGGAAAACCAGCGCUACAAGCCCUUCAAGCAGCUGCAUAACCGGAGGUUGCUGUGGCACGGGUCUAGAACCACCAAUUUCGCUGGGAUUCUGUCCCAGGGUCUCCGGAUCGCCCCGCCUGAAGCGCCUGUGACGGGCUACAUGUUCGGCAAAGGGAUCUACUUCGCCGACAUGGUCUCCAAGAGCGCCAACUACUGCCACACGUCCCAGGGAGACCCGGUGGGCUUGGUCCUCCUGGGAGAGGUUGCCCUGGGGAACAUGUACGAGCUGAAGCACGCUUUGCACGUCAGCAAGCUGCCCAAGGGCAAGCACAGUGUCAAAGGUGAGUGUUGCCAAAGCGGAGGCUCUGGCCCCGCCCCCUGGACGCUCCCCCGGAAGCCACAUUCCUGGCUCGGCUGUGACACAGCUGGAGGCUCAUUUCAGAAGCUUCCCUCGCUGCGGCUGCCCUGGUGUCAGAGCUGCCCGGGGGUCUGUGAGCACCGGCAGCCACUGCUGCUGCGAUUUAGCCCGACUCCUCGCUCGCAGCGCCGAGGGCCCCUCGGGGCCGG